AUGGCGGACAUGUCCUCCUGGUGGGACAAGGCUGGCAUCCUUGGCACCUGGGCGACGUGCGUCGCCUUCGUUCUCAGCUGGGCUUGCAUCCAGCGAGCAUGGUUCGGGCAAGGGGAUGGAAGUGAGAGGAGGAUUGAGGAGGCGGUGGAGAGAGAGGUGCGGAGGAGAAUGGAGGAGAUGGAGGAGAGGGUGAGGGUGUGGCUGCGGAGGGAGGAGGAGAGGAGGGGGAGAGAGGAGGAGAGGUUGUGGGUGUGGCUGCGGGGGGAGGAGGAGAGGAGGAGGAGAGGGAGGGGAGGGAGGAGGAGAGGGAGAGGGAGGUGA